AUGACGGACGCUGGCCCCCAAGAUCCCCACGUCAUGGCCGCUCGCAGAGUCUUUGAGAUCCUCGGCUCAGCUGCCGCCGAUGCCUGCACCGCACGCCUCGGCCGCAUCGCCUUUGCUGGCAGACGCGUCAUUGACACGCCAAACUUCACAGCCGUCACCUCACGGGGCGCCAUUCCUCAUCUUACCCCUGACAAUGUUGGAAAGCAUACGUCUGUAGAUGCCACGUACAUGGCCCUGGAAGACUUUGUGGAGAAGAAGGAACCCCCGAUAUACAAGACCCCAGCCGGUGAAGCGAGUAGGCUGCACAGCUUUACGGCCAUGCCCUCAGAUAGGACGACGAUAAUGGGCGCGAGGCGCUGUCCGCCAGUGACGACGCCGAUGGGCAACAACGCCAAGUCCGUCACCCUCUUCACAUCCACGGGCUUCUCCAGCGUCACAAUACCACAGUACGCUGCAGCCAUUGAGGCGCUGCGGCCGGAUGUGGCUAUUCCCCUGGCCGAUGCGCUGCAUACGAGCCCCACGCCCAACUCCAAGAAGCUCUUCAAAAUGGUGGAGCGCACCGAGGAGUGGCUGGACGAGCUGCUGCAGCACUUUGGCCCUGGUCGCGACAAACUAGACGCCUUGGGGGUGUCUCUGUUCGCGCCGGUUCUCCCGGUUGAGCACCCGAUCCAGUGGGACUACCUCAGGCACCUUGCCGAGGACGUGACGGACUCGCUGUCCGGGUUGGCGGUAUACAACGUCGCCCUCUUGCCAGAGCUCACCUGCUACCAGCCCUUUGCGUCUCUGCCCAAGCUUUCGCUCGAUCCGCCAAAGACACCACACGAUAUACUGCGGCAGAUUUCACUCGGCGUCGACAUUGUCACGGUGCCGUUCAUAAAUACGGUCUCGGAUUCUGGAAUCGCCCUCACGUUUGCCUUUCCGCCACCAAGUGCGAACCCCAACGAUCUUCUCCCGAUGGGGGUAGACAUGUGGUCUCCAGAGCACGCCACGUCAGUGACGCCCCUGGCCGACGGCUGCAAGUGCUACACCUGCACGCAUCAUCAUCGCGCGUACCUGCAUCACCUGCUUAAUGCCAAGGAAAUGCUGGGUUGGAACUUGCUCCAAGUCCACAACCACCAUGUCGUCCAGGAGUUCUUCGCUGGCGUUCGCCAAUCUCUUGCCAACGGAGCAGCUGCUUUUGAAGAAGACAGGAAGCUGUUUCUCGCGGCGUACGAGCCGGAACUCCCGGAGGGAGCGGGUGAGCGACCUCGGGCGCGCGGCUAUCACUUCAAGAGUGAGGCUGGGCAGGAGAAGCGAAACAAGCCCAGCUGGAAGGACCUUGAUGUAAAGGCUACGAACGGAAGCAUUGAGCCUGUAGUAAAUGGGCUUCCGUAG